AUGGCGGCCGACUGGAGCAUGGCGUCGCUCGCCGGCCUCAUGUCGUCGCCCGACCCUCUCAACGAGUCGAUCCUGACACCGCCGUCGCGGCGGGUGACACGCAGCCAGGCCUCGCAGCGCCUCUUCUCCCUCGGCCCCUCGCCAAAGAAGCAGACGUUCGAGCUCGACGUCGGCAACGACCUGGCCCCCCAGAAAAUCCUCGUCACCGUCGAGGCCGAAGAUGCCAACGCCUCCCAGACCAGCCGCCGUCUGUUUGGGACCCCAACCCCCAAGCGAUCUGUCCGGCGAUCCAAGCCCUCGGCUAGCACCACUACCACCACGGUGCCUCUGCGCGGCUUGACCGACGACGAGGCCCACGCCACAAGUGACGCGCCCACUUCCAGGCGUAGGGGGAGGCCACCAAAGCCACGUCUGUCGGGCACCCCAACUACAACUCGCCGCAAGCGCCCGCCAACUCCCGCGCCCAAGAUUGCUAGCAAGACGGGUGGGCCGAGGGCCUCUCUAGAGCAUGUUGCGACGUCGGAUAUUGGCGCCGAAGACGAGCUGGCCACUCCGCGCGCCAAAUCCCGGCCAGGGCGGACGCCGAAGCGGAAGGCGACUUCGCCGGCAAAAGACGACGGCGCACCAGCCUCGCAGCCGAGGAAAAGAGGUCGCCCGAGGAAAGACGCAGCGACGGCAUCUGAGGACCUUGUGCCGCUGUCGGAGCAGGAGAGCAAUGCCGACGGUGGGGUGGAGGAUAAUGCAUCCGUGGCACCUUCGGAUGACAACUUCUCGGUUGCCCGAGGCGAGCCGCUCGAAGAGCCCCACAACAGCGAAGCCUACAACACGGAGGACGACAUCUGGCUCGCCACCCUAUCGGACCAGCCAAGUCCCGUCGGCCGCCGAUCGCACAAAAGGGACGAUGAAAUGCUACCCGCUCUGGAUCAGCCGGAACCAGAGCCAGAGCCAGAGCCAGAACUGGAGACAGAACCGGAGCAGGCCCAGGCACCUUCAGAUGCUCCCCCGUCCGAGAUGGACUUCUCGCAGCACGAUGCUUACUCCUACGGCGGCGGCAUGGAUCCACACAGCGAGGCUGAAUCCUUGGCUAGCGACGGCCUCGAUCUGCAGGACCGGGAGGACACGGUGGUAGCCGAGGAGUUCACCAUGAUCUCCAUUGGCUCCCUGCCGUCCAUGCAGCCAAACUCGAGCAUGAUGGCCCCCGAGCACCAGGAUAUUGGCGAUGCCACAAGCUUGAUCAUCAACAGGACUCUGGAGGCUUUGAGGCAGAGCUAUAACCGACCAGUAGACGACAUUCCCGAACCGCAGCCAUCCUCUGCCGAUGCCGAAGCCGAACCCCGCGAGAACGCCGAUGUCCAGCCGGACGAGGAACCGGCGCAACAGGAGCUGCAACCACAAUCACAGCCACAGUCACCGCAGGCGUUCACACGAAGUCCCCGUCGGCCAAAAGCCCAGCCCCUCAGCAGACAAUUGGCUCUCAAAUCACUGCACCAGGGAGAUUCAAUAGGCUCGCCACAUCGUCUUGCAGUUCCCGAGACCACAGAGGCACACGAAACGAGCAUAUACGACGAUUCCUUCUCGGAAAUCCCCGAACAGGUCCUUAUCGCAGCAACACCGCGGCGACUACGGGUGCCCGAAGCCGAGGCCGGAGAACAAGAUGCCUACAUGGACAUUCAGCCGUCUGUCAAACGGCCUUCAACAGUGAAUCACUCCAAUCCCCAAUUUGAGUCGAAUAGGCUGUUGACACCCGAGGAGACACCCUCCCCGCUUCAGUCCGACAACAAGGACGACCCAAAACAAACAGUGCCCACUGAGCCGGCCCCUGACCAAGAAACCGACGUCCGCUCGUCUCCCCCCAUCAGCAGCGACGUCCCACAGCAACACCACAAUGUGUCCGUCAUGCGUCACUCCAGAACCAACUCGACCGAAACCCCAGCCGAGCAGCAAUCAUCCUUCUCGUCCCCCGCCGUGGCAGCUCAUAACGCCCAAGUACCAAACUUGGCACCCCCAGAGGUCCAGCCGCGGCCAACCCUGUCCCCAAUUGUGCGGGCAGGCCGAGCCUUGCAACUUGUCACGUCUGAUCCCCCGUCACCUCCAGCAAGAGACAGCGUCUUGGGGAGUCCCUUUCGGAGAUCGGUCACAAAAUCUAGCCAGUCGCCGGUACUGCCACCUACUCAAGUAGUUGAAUCUCCUUCGCCGGCCCGGGUUGAUGCUCCUGCCGCCCAGGUUGCCCAACCUCGUUCGCCAACCCAGGUUGACGCUCCGGCCGAGCAACCGGAAAAGUCGUGGCUUGCGCCUUUAAGCCAGCUUAAGAACCUGGUUGUCCAAGGUGCCCAAGCCUUUUCGCCGCGGAAUUUCCCGACCGCGGGCAUGGAAGACCCGUUUGCUCCCAACCCGUCCGAGUCGUCUAGACCGGGUUCCGUGCGCAUAUCGAUAUUCAAUCUCGGAAGCAAAUCAAGAGCCGGUGGCCAGGGUGUGGGCGUGGGUGAUAGCGGAAGCGUUGUCAGCCCUGCUAGAGCCACUUCCCCAGAGGUCAACGACAGCGAUGCCAUGAGCUGGGAGGCAGAGGGCAGUCCCAGCAGGGCUGGCGGCCAGGAGAGGUCUCCGUCUGCCAGCUCGAGUGUUAAUGCUGCUCAAGGAUCCUCGGUUGGUGAUGAGGAUGAGAUGGAUGGACCAGGAGAUAGCGAAGCAGAGAGACCAGAAGACAUGAGCCAGGACGAAUCAUCUGGCCCGCAGUUGGACCUGGAAGACGAUGAAGUGGCAGAAGACGACGACGAUGAUAUUUGGGCUAUCGAAGCACAGCGUACAGCCCUGGCUUCAACCGAGAACGCGUCGUCUAGGCGGGAAGAGUCUUUCAUCCCCCCUCGGAGGAGCAAGCUGCCAAGCCCUUGGAGGAAGAAUAGCAAACGGUUGAUGUACAGCGACGAGCUGCACCAACUGGCCAUGGAGAACUCGCGGUCAAACGAGGCCGACGAGUUUAGCAUGAUCUCUCAGGGGCUCCGAGAAGAACAGAGAAAUCCUCGAAACCCGGCCCUACCCACAAAGGUGGAUCUCUCGGCAUUCUUUUCAUCGCCGGCCGCACUUCCAGAGAUUCCAGCACCCGGCUUUGGAUUGUUCAAGGCUCUAGACGCCCGGAGAACGGAAAACCCCCUAGAUCGGCCGUCGGCCUCGCAAGGGUUUCAGGCUGCCUCGGCGACACAGACAGCUGGAAACAACUUGGCCACUGAACAGCCCGAAGAACCACAACCCCGAGCUCAAAAGUUGCCCCGGUCUGUCCCCCAAAAGGAACUUCACAUUGAGGACCGACCUCGCCGCCCCGACUUGUUCUCACCUGUCCGACAGCCAGCCGGCAGAGCAGCACCGGCCGCGCAAGUCUCGCCCUCCAGCUCUCCCGAGAACGCCAUGUACGGCCACGUCCCACAGAAGAUGAACUUUACGCCUCUGCGCCGGUCCAAGAACGACUUGUUCAAGCCUAUGGCGGCGGCAGCGCCAGGCAACUCUUUGUUUGGCGACAGCCGCGUCUCCAACUUCUUCUUAAACCCGGCACCCCCUCCCGAGGACGAGCAAGGGCAGCCCUCCAGUACGAGCCCAGAGCUAGACUUGAUGCGCCCGCAUGCCAGGCCCCGGCCGGACCGAGCCAUGUCGCCCACCAAGACCUGCAUGCGCUCCCCCCUGAAGCCCAAGACCCCCGGCCGCGUCGUCGAGUUCACCAGCAGCACGCUCUCUCCGCUGGCACAGGCCCAGGUGCGUGCCGAGCGGCGGGCCAGCGCGUCCCCCGAGAAGGAGGCCAGCCCCUCCCCGCCAAGAGGCGGCCUGGCUGUCACUAGGGAUGACAAGGAGAACCAGCAUGACGAGGAAAGCGCGGAAGAAGAGGCCGAGCAGCAGCGGCGGCGGCAGCGGCAGCGGCAGCAGCAGCAACCGACAGGCUCCCGCGCGGUGCCAGAGGCAUUCUCGUUCUCGGCAUCGCCGUCCGCUUCUAACCCCGAGGCGCGACGACCAACAACCACCAGCAGACGCAACAAGAGCGGCAGCACCGGCACCGUAGCGGCAGCCCGCGCGGCGCUUUCCAAGACGGAGUGGUCGCGCGACCACUGGCUCCGCCUCGACGAGCUGCUGCAGGCGCGCCGCCACCUCGGCGCCCUGCACUUCCAGCUGCAGCACCCGCCUGCCGCAUCCGCCGCCGCCCGCGCCCGCCAGCGCGCCGCCACCGCCCGCCGCCUGCUCGGUAAGCGCGUCACCGCCCAGGGCGAGUCUGUGGCCCUCGAGCAGUGGCACCUCGACGUCGUCGCCGCUUUCGCCACCGAGGUGGGUACCAACGGCGGGAACGGGAGCGGAUGGGACGAGACGGCCCUCGCCAAGCGCCUGUUCGCGCUCCUCGUCGGCGAGCAGCGCAGGCGCGACGGCAAGGUGCCGCUUAGGAGAGACCACCGCCCCGUCGAUGUGUGA